UCUACUUCAUACUGAGGCUACAAUGAAUUUCUCUGAAACGUUGACUGGAGGCUUCCCCAUUAAAAUGGCGGCUGCUGUUGAAAACAUAUUACGCGUUGCUGCUAGAGCAGCGACUUACAAUGUGAUUUUACAAGUAUCAUUUAGACUUUUAACAUUUCUUGUUAAUGCCCUUGUACUUCGAUACGUAUCCAGUGAGCUUCUUGGCUUAGUAAAUGUACGUUUGACACUUUUAUAUUCGUCGAUUUUAUUUCUAUCUCGAGAGGCCUUCAGAAAAGCCUGUUUAAGUCGUUCCAAUAAUUCGUCUACAAAGAACUGGCGACAAGUUAUAAAUCUGGUGUGGUGCUGUGUUCCCGUCGGUUGUGUCACUGGAGCAAUUCUUGGCUGGUUGUGGGUGAAAAUUCUCGAACACCCCUCAGAGACGUAUGAUAACAAAUAUUCAGUUGCUGUGGGCGUUUAUGCCUUGUGUGCCAUCUUUGAGCUUACUGUUGAGCCUCUCUGGCUUAUCGGACAAGAAUUUCACUUCGUACAUGCUAGGGUAUUAAUAGAAGCAACGGCUUUGGCUGCAAAAUGCUUAUCAAGUAUUUUUUUCAUAAUUCUGCAUCCAAAUUCUGCAUUUACUUGGUUUUGCGUCUCCCAAGUUGUUCAUACAGUUUGCUAUGUCUCCUUGUAUUAUCUUUAUUUUAUGUAUUAUUCAGUCAAUCAGAGCCAGAACAGUAAAAAAUUAAAAGGGGAACAAAAGACACAAAAUUAUGAAUUAUUAGAAGGCUUCCCUUUGACAAAAGUCACAGAUGUACUUCCAUCAUUUGAUUCAGUAGGCAAUGAUUGGAUUGAUCCUACAUAUGGCAAGCUGGUGUUAAGUUUCAUAAAACAGUCAAUCUUAAAGCAAUUUUUAACAGAAGGAGAAAGAUACAUUAUGACUGUUUUCAAUGUUCUUUCAUUUGCCCAACAAGGAAUCUAUGAUGUUAUAAAUAACUUAGGUUCUCUUGUGGCAAGAUUUGUUUUUCUGCCUAUUGAAGACAGUUACUAUGUUUUGUUUUGUCAAAUUCUUGUGAGAGGAAAGCAGCAUAAAAACACAAAGGAGCUAGAGACUGCUGGAAGAAUACUGUCUGGUGUAUUAAAGUUUGUGUCACUUACUGGAUUAAUAAUCAUGGUGUUUGGGUUUAGCUACUCAUACCUUGCCCUUGACAUAUAUGGAGGAAAACUCUUGAGUUCUGGUGGAGGCCCAACGUUGCUACGAUGGUACUGUGUUUAUGUCCUGAUCAUUGCUGUUAAUGGCAUUACAGAAUGUUUCAUGUUUGCUUUGAUGAGCAAAGAUGAAGUGGACCAUUAUAAUCAUUAUAUGGUAGCUUUCUCUCUUGUAUUUCUUGUUGCAUCACUGGGACUUACUAAAGGCUUUGGCAGUGUUGGUUUCAUCUUAGCAAACUGCAUCAACAUGGGAUUAAGAAUUAUACACAGCAAUAUGUUUAUCCAGAAGUAUUUUGCUGACUCGCACCAGAACCCUCUACUGAAAGCAUUGCCAUCAAGAUUUGUAUCAGCAUUGCUCCUUCUGUCAUUUGUCAUAACAGCAGUUUCAGAGAGUGUCUUUUGUUGUGGUAGUGGUUGGAUCUACAAGAUUUUUCAUAUCGCAGUAGGCGCUGUCUGCCUUUUAACUGUUUUUGCAGCCAUUUUCCUGACAGAGUCUGAUUUCAUCAUGUUUUUAAAAGAGCAAUGGACUGGUAAAUUGAUAAAGAAAAAAGAUGAAUAAAUUUAACAAUGAACUGAAUGUUAUGAUUUGUACUGACAGUGCAAUGUGGACUUUCCAGAUCUGAUAUCCCUUAUUGCAUGCUUUUAUUUUUGUCAAAAACGAUUAAGCCUAAUGCCUACUUCUGUCCUGAUAGUUUUAUACUUGGGAAAAUUUACCCUUUCCAGAAGCAUCAUGCUGCUAUCAUAGAUUAUGAUGAUUGUUGGUUAUCAACAUAGAUUUUAAUAAAUUCUGACUUGAUAUUGUUUCUUUAUGUUUUGUUCUAUGUUAGACCCUGCUUGUUGAAGGAUGGGAAGGAGUGAAGGCAGAAUUUGUUGUUUAACAAAAAAGGGGAAAAAUUGAUUAUACUUCAGGGAGGGAAGGUUCGUCCCCUAUAUGCCCAAAAUGUUUUUGUUUCAAAUGUGUUUUCAAAGAUGGUAAAAAAAUCUAGAAAAAAAAUGAUUUAGUUGUCCAGUAAUUUAAUAAAAUGCAUGACUAGUCGUAUUCUAAUUACCUAGAUUUCAAUUAUUAUCAGGAAUAUGUUUUUUGAAAAUAGUGAAAAAUUAUGACCACCAAUUGCGAGAGGCUGUUUUUUACUACAUUAAAUAAAAAACUAUAUGAUUUUUUAAUGGGGAGGGGGGGGGGGCAUUUAUACUUGAAUCGCAACAAAGAGGAUAGCAUUUAUACUUUUAUCUUUUUUCUUAGCUUAUCUUGUUAUUUGUUUUAUAAAUGCAAAAUACAAAGGAUAAGUAACCUUAAUUGUUUGCUUGGUUGUCUUACAACAAACUUAUAAAAACGUGAUGGAAUAUCAAAACAUGUUUGUUUUGUUGUUUGCUUGGUUGUCUUACAACAUACUUAUAAAAAAAAGUGAUGGAAUAUCAAAACAUGUUUUGAAAUAAGCUGUACAUCUUCCAUCCUCCCCUUCCCUGCUCUUGUAUGUAAAACUCUUUUUAAUACUAAACAUUGCCAUUUUAUUGUCAAAAACAUUGCUGACAUGUAGUGGUUGUUGUGAUGCAGCUAUUAACUUCUGUUGUGUAUUUUGUUAUCUCGAAAGAAUUUUUGAACCUUUGCUCCAAAGCAAUUUUAUAUGUAUUUUUCAACAAAAUAGUUAUCGCUUUGAAGGCCUAAUUGGAAUGAAAGAAGUAAUAAGAACCAUUAAGUGAAAAAAUUGAUCAAACCUACAUUAAAUUGAUACAUGAUACCGCAGUAGAGCGAGGAGGCUGCUUUUUUACCGGCGGGCUCAGUUUGUUAGUCAAACAUAUAUCAUGUGACUUCCCAACAACUCUGAGUGAAUUUGUUUCAAAACUACUUGCUCAAACUUGAAUAUUCUUAGUGAAAAGGAAGGAUUACAAAAUUUUGGCAAAGUCAGUGAAAAGGGUACAUAUUACGCAACCCAGAAUCAGAGAUUAGGGUCCAUUUUCUACUUUCAGGAACACACACGAUAUACAUUGAACCAACUGCCGUGGCAUUUUUUUUACUUCUAGCCGUUCACAGCAGGUCGCUACAUUCACUUUGUACAGCCAAAAGCUUCGCUUCCUAAAAUUAUUCAGCAAACAUUGAAUCCCCCGUCAAUUUGGGCAGCUGUUGCGAAGUACCAUGAUAAAUCGUUGUCCUUGAUCAAAGUAACUGCUAACAUACAGGGCGAGAAUUUGUCAAUAAAUCAAAGCAAAACUGCAAUUACGUUUGAGCGCCACAUGAAGUGUACAAGUAUCGAUGAGCUUCAAAGAACAUAUUUAAUUCCAGACGUCUGAUACGGGCUUGUGAUCGUCUUUUUUGAUUACCAAUUGGACCUAUUUAUCUUCGAUUUAUGUUUCCGUCCUGAAACGAGCAUUGCUGUUGCUCAUCUACUGGACGCCUAAGAUCGGAAGCUAAAACGAGACACAGGAGCUAUGGCUGUGGGGUUGUCCGGUUUCACCCUUAGCUUUAUUCUUCAAGCUAAUAAAACAGUAUUGGAUAGUAGAUAAAACUACAACGUGGAUAACGUGGAAACUUUUUCAUUGCAAGUAUGUCAAACUCAUAGCCCAUCUAAAAGAUAGUCUAGUAGGGGCUGCUGCUGUAAUUUUUUUACCAUUUCUACUCUAUUGAUACAACGAAGGUACAGUACAUUGUGGAGACGAGUCCAUGCUAAGCCUGACACUGUUAAGAACUUUUUUGAUAGGUGACAACGUUAACAUCAAACAGUUUUCAUGAUAAGUAGUACUAUGUAGAUAGAUAGACAUAACUUUUUAUUAAAAACAAAGCUUAGGAUAAGCUCUUUAAUUUCUAAAAUUUUUGUUGAUUUUAAUACGAAAUGUUUCUUUAAGGCUUGUUUAAUACAAAGUGGCUUAAUACAGAGUUACGUUUUGAAAACGCAAAAACGCAACGCAAAAUAAAAUGAAACAGAAGUAAUUUUCGAGCAGGUGCAUAAGGUUGAGGGUGAUCAGUCCUACGGUUUCUUAAAAUUUUUAUCAUUUUAGGAGUCGGUUUCUUAAAAACCGUUUCUUGUAAAUAAUCCGUGUAAUUGUUAUUACCUUUUGCAAUUUUGUGAUUUAUGGGGAAUAUAAACAUCGGGGAGCCAAGUUAAAUAGUCUGGGGUUUACCAACUUUAUGUUAAAUACGGUGAUAGCAAAAAGAAAAUACGUCUUGCAGGUUGUCAUUUCGUUUUUAGUUGUGCAAAUGUUUCAUGUUUUAAGAUAUAUUGAUGCCUUUAAAUCAUACGACAUAUGCCCGAUUAUCCAAUUAACAUGAGGUGAUUUCAUAAAGCAUUACAGAUUAUGCACUCAUGUGUUACAACUUUUUAUACAUCUUGCUUUAAAAUAUGACAAAAUCUAUUGGGUAAACUGGUUUCCUUUAGCUUUUUGGUUAAGGCAUUUCUAUCUUAAAGAAUGUCUGAACACAUUAUAAUGAAAGAUCAGUCAUUCACAAUAUCGAAAAUGAAUUUCCUUGCAAACUAACUGAUUCAACACUCAAAUGCAACUUGUAAUCAAGAUCUAGCUUGUUAAUGAGAGAGUUUCGUUUUUGAUGUCCCCAGAUAACAAGACUAUAACUUUUACUAUAUUUUGAUAUCUAAUAUCUGACAUUUAAUGCAUCAAUCGUUGCCUGCCAGCCCUUAUUUUCUUUUGAACAUAUUCAGACAUGGAUUUUAUUCAGAAUCCCUGAUACAAAUCGAAAUUCCUUCACCCCUUACUGAUGAUUUGCGCACUUUUUUCCUUGGCUGACGUUUCAUUUCUAAUUGGCAUAAACCAAGCAUUUAACCUUGAAAUGUCAUUUGAACUCUUUUUAUUGAACAUGCUUAAAAUAUCAAUGUUUUUGAAGUGCUACAUAAACAAAGAUGAAGUAUUUAAUCUUAGAGAUAGGGAAUAUUUAAGACUAUUUGGAUUUUAACGAUACUGCAGGAGUGGCUUUCAUGGUGUGCAAAUUUUAAAGCAAACUUUUUGAUGAGCUCUUUAUUAUUUACUGGAAUAUUGUGGUUCUUCCUGGGCGGUUUUAAGAUUUAAUUGAAAGACGAGAUACUCAACCAAACUCACCAUUGAGAGAUAUGUUACGCUUUUUGUCAAUAGUCGGUAAAGCUGCACGCAUUAUAGCUCUGAUACUCUGUAAGAAUCUCGUCACAAAGUUCCUAUCUCAGGUGUCACGUCUGAAAGAUGUUUAGCGAGGUCAGUAAACAUCUGAAAGUCGUAUCUUAAAAUAAAGCCUCCAAAAUCUUAAUGACCAAAAAUCAAUAUAAUUUAUUAAUGACCUUGUACGUUUCAAAGUUAAAUUAUUGUGACUUUUCGUGCAUAUCUCUUCAUCAAGAAGAAUAAUAUAUGGUUCCUGAUGAAAAGUUAUGCACAAAAUGUUGCAACUAUAUUUAACUUUCAAAGGAACAAAGUCGUUUAUAAUUAUAUUAAUUUUUGGUCAUUAUUAAUCGACAUAUUGACUAUCCAUAACCUGUACAUCUUCUAUCCUUUCCGAAGUAUUUCCUUAGUCCUUAGUUUGCACAUCGAUAUGUACAGUUUUCCUUACCAAAUUCUUGUUACUUCGUAUCCUUUCUUUUGUUGAAAAGAUCUUGCGUUAAAGCUAGAGGUCAAAUUGAGCAUUGCAAACUUGUUCUGUUCUUAUAACUAGACCUAGAUCAGCUUUCCAUUCCAGAUUUGGUUUAACUUAAACAAGAUACACUUGUUUGCUACCAAUAUCCACCACUGCGAUUACUUCAGACAAAGCAAUAAUGUAUUUUUACUCGAUACUGUCUUUUUAUUAGCAAUUGCAUUCUUUGUUGAAUGAGGAGACAAUAACGUUUCUAUUUUCAACAUGGUUUUCAAGGUAGAACCGAGUAUCUUGUCUGUUGUAUAUAGUAUGAUUUAUUGUAUAUCUUGAAUACAAGAAAAAUAUCACAAAUUGUAGUAAAUUUGUUCUGCAAAAAGUGAAGCUUAUGCUACAAGAUUAUUUAGCUAUGUUUCGACAAAGCAAGUUGGCUUGAGUCUAAUAAUAAAUUUUCAAACAGCAUAGUGUCUAGGAUGACGCCUUGUGGAGUAUCAUAUUUCUUUCUUUCGUAGCGUUUCUUCGCUACUGUUGGGAAAAUCACAUAAAACAUAUGGCUUGCUCAUCAAAAUGCUGUUACGAGAACAUCAAUAAAACCAACAAGAGCGUGUGUUUUUUCUGGAGCAAUCUGCAGUUAUUUAGAUACUGUUAAGAUGGAAUAGAAUUAGAUCCAAAACGAUCUGAUAACGGAUUAACAAGGAAGCUACUUCUGCAGGGUCUGAUGUAAGCGACAAGGGUUGGUAGGGGUGUUGGACAAUGAUUGGAGCUUGGUGCCACACUCUUCCGGUGACCUGAAAAUGAUGAAAUCGCCCGUUUUUAUUUUUAAGUUUCAACUUUUAGAGAAAGAAGAUAAAAAGCUAACUUUUGCAUCAUUUUGUUACUACUGACUACAAAAAUAUUCUUUUACCAAAUGGUUGCAAAAUUCACCGAAGGACACAGUUGCACCCCCUAUACUCCCAGUAAAACUUUCCUUAAACUUGUUAGCCUUCAUACGAUACCGUUUUCAUUUCAUAGUACAGCGUUUUCAUUUCAUUAUGUAAAAUGAAGGCCAAUACAAUAAGAUAUCUUACUGAACAUUUUCAUUGUAAUUGGGUUGUUACAAGUUCCCUGGAAGAGCUUGGGGCUCUGAUGGUAAGGACUUGAAACAAACAUGAAAUUAUCGAAAUGACGCGUAUCAACAUUGGAAGGGAAAGGAAUGUCCUCUGCUUGAUGAAUUAAUUCAGGUUUCUUGUGAAGUACCUCAGCUCGAGUCAAGUUGAUUACAUUUUGAACGAUGCAAGGUCUAUAAAUAAUUAUCAAGGACAUUUCGUGACCCAAAGCGAAAUUCCUAAGACCACCCUUCCGAGCUGGCCUAACCGUUGACAAGGUGCCGAUUCGAUUGCCUGUUUAUCCUUGUAAAUUCACACCCACGUAUAUAUUUACAAUAUUCAGCCAGAAAUUCAUCAGGAUUGCUGAAGGUCAUUUCAAUAUUUCAACAAUAAUAUCAGGAAAAUGCAUGUCAGCUUGUAUUAUCAAUUGUCUUGAAUUUACAAUGUGCAAGCCAUAUCUUAAAGAGAAAGGUUAAAUUGCGUUCGAUAAAGAUUCUCGUGAAAAAAACUAAAUCUUAAGAUUAGAGAUCUCUGAUCCAAACAGGAGACCCUAGCUUCCUUGUUUUUCACAGUACAUUGAACUCAAUUUGCUAAAAUUUGCCGAUUCGUAAUCAAAGUGUGUCGCGAUCUGAUUGGUUGUUACACAUGCAUAUUGGUUUCUAGAGAGCCAAUCGAGAGUCAUCGGGUAACUUUUUGGAUUUUAAGAGGAAGGGUGGAAAAUGAAAAUUGAAGGAUGAGAAUGGUACAUUUAAUACAAUGAUGGAAUGGAAAAAGGAUCGAGUUUUUUAAAAGAAUUUUUGAGGUCCUGUUGCAUAAAGCUGAUGUGAUAGCUGAUUAUACAUAAAUCCUCUGUUUUCGAGACUAUUGUGAUAAUUUGAUCUCAACCCAGAAUGAGACAUUACUUGAAUGAACCCUGUAACAAAAUAUUCUGUAAAUCAAGAAGUUUAUAAAAUUGCAAGUUUGUUAUAUCAUGCUUGGGUGUAUGUGCAAAAUUCCUUUGUUAAUGCCAAGAGGAACCCUUCUCUACUUCUCCUUAUUUUUUUAGAAUUUUUCUGAGGUUACCCUGGCUCUGUUCAUAAAGCUACAUACCUCACCUGACGGUGGAAGCGAGAAAGUGUUCAUAGAUUUAUGCAUAAAGUUUUCAACCAAAUUUUGUUUUGAAGAAUUAUAUAUUUAGGGGGACUACAAAUACUUUGGCCACAAAAUUCCCAAGCCAAUAUUUGUACCUUAUUUUGGCAAAUGAUAUCUUUUGUACAUCUUUGUUACAAAUAAAGUUACUGAAAAAGUCAAACAAGGCUAGUUGACAUUGAGGAAUUUUCUCAGGACAAGCCCAUCCUUUGAUGAUAUUUGCUAAUACACAGUUACAAACAAAUUCCAUACAUUCUUCGUACCAUGCUGAUUUGUCAAAUAUCUGGUCGAUGUCACGUAUAGAAUUGGUCCCAUUUGAGGUCACCUUAGACAUUCUCCUUCCCCUUUUCAAAAAGAUUUUCAUUUAAAAAAUCUCGAGGUCUGUCUACCUGUCAGAAACACAAGCCAUGCACAGAAACACAAGCCAUGCAAUCCAUAAUUCCGUUCUUCGAUCAGAGGCAGACGGUAUUGAGAUUUUGCACCCAACACCCCCAAAUCCCCAAAACGCCACCCCAACCCCCGUCAAAUUUAAAUUCUUAUUUCUGAUGUUACAUUAACCAUAGACAAUAGACCCCCUAGUUCAAUGCCAAUAUUUGUAACAUUGCAAUAAAUACACCCAA